AUGGAUCGGUCGAUCUACGAGGCAUGCAGUGAUUUGGUCGAGCAUUUUGGCCGCAAGGUGAGCGCUGACGAGAUCCUGUCUCAGAAGGUCAACAACCUGGUUCCCAUUCCUUUCAAGUCCAGGGAAGACUUGGAAUUAGCCGCCAGCGCCGAUAAGCGGGACGGCGUCUACACUGGCGAUCUCAUGCCCCAGAUAGAUCUGAAGGUGCUACAUUACUAUGCGACUCAGCUGGUGGUGCAAAAAUAUCCGCACCUGAUCAACUGUUUUGACGAAACGGCGCUAGUCACUUUGGGGCUUUUGGUGGAAGAGUGGGUCUGUGACUAUCUGAAGCAACGGGAUCCGGCCCACUCCAGCCCGGUGGAAUCGAUAUCGAAAAAGACUGACUACAGACACUCUCCUUCCGACAUUUAA